AUGUCAUUGCCAAGGAUGUGUUCAUUACCGUCUAGCAGUGGUAGUACAAGUAGAAGUACUGGUGAUAUGGAUAAGGAAAAGCAACGAUUUGCAGCAACUGCUGCAACUAUGGCUUUUCCAGGUUUACCAUUUAUGGCAGCAGCAGCAGCAUUUCCAGCUGUAUCAUCUACUACAACCGGUGGUAGUUCCGUUUUUCCUAAUCAAAUGGCUGCUCAAUUAUCAUUGUUCAAUCCACAUUUACAACAAUACUAUGCUAAUUUUCUUCAUCAACAACAAUUACUACAAAGUUUGCAAAAUCAUUCACCACAAUCUCGAACAGGUCCAUUUUUUUUCUUUAUUUCAUUUCAAUCAAAUUUUUCAUUUGUGGAAAUUUUUAAAACGAUCAAUAAAAUGGACAAAAAAUUAAGUUAG